AUGAUCUAAGCAUCGUUCACUGUCACAUUAUCUCUUCAUUCUGAAAUCUACAGGUUAAACCCUUAGACCGUAUAAAAUUAUCUGAAGUCGUGGGUUAGACGCCUUGUUUACAUUAUCCGUGUACACUGUGUACAGGUUGCAGAAAUAAUACUGCAGGUAACACGCAUUGCAAUUUGUGAAAGGCCUGCCGCCAGCGCACGGUGCACUGCUGAAUGCUCACAAUGACCUGUUUGAUACACAUGAUUCACAGUUUUACGCGCGUAAAUAUUUCCGACAAUUGUUAAAAUAAUUUUUAUACCGACUUAUUGAAUUCUAUGACAUUAUUAUACACUUGUGUUUCAGUGUUAAUUAAAUAAAAAUUGUAUAUUGUAUUAACUUGAAGAAUAUAAGUACAAAAAAUGGAACGCGCACCCGGUAAAAGAAGAAUCAAACCUCCUGCUAACCUGGAAUCAAUAGAUUUUGAUAGUGACAGUUCAUCUGAUAGUGAUUUCAAUAUUGAAGAUCACUAUGUUGAUAGUGAAUCAGGUUCUGGAGAUUCAUGUUUUAGUUUAUCUGAUGAUGAUGUAAAUAAAAAAAAAAAUGAAAAAUAUGAUGGUAAUAACAAAAAAAUUAAAAAAGAUGAUGGUAAUAAAAAAAAAACUAAAAAAGACAAUGAAGAAAUUGAAGAAAAUAAUAAAUGUAAGGAUGAUAGUACGACUAUGGAUUGUACUAAUGGCAUGAUGUCCCAUCAAGAUGAUUCAAUAAAAGAAAUUAUUAAAGAAAUAGUAGAUACAAUUCGUAUUUGUAAUAUUUGCUUAGGUGAUGAGAGUGAUAGAGAUAAUGAGAUAAUAAAUUGUGAUGAAUGCGGUAUAUCAGUUCAUGAAGGUUGUUAUGGUAUCUGUGGUUCUGAAAAUUUAAAUUCAUCUACUUCAUCAUGCUCUAUGAAACCAUGGUUUUGUGAACCUUGUAAAGCAGGAAUAGAAAAUCCUACUUGUGAAUUUUGUCCCAAUUUCGGAGGAAUAUUUAAGGAAGCAGAUAAUGGAAGAUGGGUACAUUUAGUAUGUGCUCUUUUUGAACCUAAUCUAACUUUUGGUGAUGUUAAAAAUCUCAGUAAACCUAUGUUAUUUGGACAUGGUGUACCCGAAUGGAAUAAAAAAAAUUGUAUUUUGUGUGAAGAUUAUAGAUUGAGUAGCAUUGGAGUGACUAUUAGAUGUGAUGUUAGGAUGUGCCGAUUACAAUUUCAUGUUACUUGUGCUCAAAAAGAAGGUGGUUUAUCAGGUCCUGAUCAGGUCACUAACCAAUUAGAACCAUUUUAUGCGCAUUGCAAGAUGCAUGAAAAUAAACUGCUAGCAAAGAGGAAAAAUAGGAAUUGGCAAAUACUUCAAUUAAUAACAAAACAAAUGGAAUUAAAGCGUAAACAACAGUCUUCAGAAAAAUCAACUAUAUGGCAACGUAAUCAGCAAUGGCUUAAAAGAUUACAAUCUAAGGAUGAUCAAAUGAAAGAUGAAGAAAACAGUAAAACAGAGCCAAUAUUUAAAUCAAAAGUUUCAUGUGCCAUUACAACAUCAACUUCAUCGUGUCAAGCACUUUGGUUAAAAUCUGACUUAAUGGGUAUAAAUACAAUCUCUCAAGAAGUUAUCGAAGAGCAAAUUAAGGAAUUGCGCAAUAUACCGAAAAAAUGGAAUAUACCACCUGCGUUUAGUUUGGAAUUUGUAAGUUAUUUCAAAGAUAGAAAUUUGAGAUCAACAAAAUUGAAAAAUCAGCUAAAAAUUUUUACUGACAAAAAGAAUCAACUCUUUGAUGAACAAAAAAUUGUACAAGAAAAAUAUAAUCAACAAGUAAAAAAAAUUGAAAUUAAAAAACAAAAAUAUUUGGAACUCAAAAAUAUAAUUAAAGCAUACCAUAAAGUAAUUAAAUUAUACAGUCCUAAUGCCAAUAUUUUAGAUUUCGACAUAUUUGCUAAAGAAGUUCUAAAUGAUCAUAAUUCUUUUGAUAAUAUACUAUCAGAUUUGUAUAAUAAAUGUAGUAUUUGUAGUCAUACAAAUGAUCAACAUUUACUGAAAAAAUGUGACAUAUGUAGAUCAUAUUAUCAUUUGGGUUGUUUGAAUCCACCACUGACUAAAAUGCCUAAGAAAACAAAAUUAUUUGGAUGGCAAUGCAGUAAUUGUGAAAAUUGUUUUUCUCAUUCAAAACAACAAACUGUUAAUACAAAUACAUCUAAAAAAUUAAGAUGUGAUGGAAAAGAGCAAUCAAUAUCAGGCAGUCAUAAAUCUCCAUCUAUUGGUAACAAUUUACAGGAUUUCAAUAGUUUGGCAAGACAGUGUAAAAUAUAUAGUAUAUCAAAAAAAAAAAAAAAGCAUGAACCAAACAGCAAAAAAUAUUCUUCAAAAAUAAUAGCAAAACAAGUUAAGACUCUCAAACGCAAACAUAAGUAUAAUAAUGAUGAUAAUACUUCAGAUAUCUCCACAUCUGCUGAUAACCCAACCCAACAUGGAAUUAAGCGAUUUAUUAAAUCUAUACCAAGUACAAGUGGAGUCAAAACAAAAUCAUCAAAAUUACUUAUUGAAUCACCAGUAGAUCAAACACCACAGAAAUCUACAAUAACCAAACCAGAAAAAAGUAUUCUGCCACUCAGAAAUAGCACGGUUUCAAUAGAUAUUUUGUUGACUCCCAAAUGUAAUACUUGUCAUAAAACCGGAAUAAAUGCUACAAUGGUUCAGUGUGACAAAUGCAGUGAACAUUAUCAUUUUUGCUGUAUUAAUCCUCCAGUAAAGAAAACACCUAAAGUUUUUGGUUAUUCGUGGCACUGUGAAGAAUGUGAUUUAUCGGACAGUGACUAAAAAUACUUGGAAGUAUGAUUCUACAACAUUAUUAUUUCUAGUGAUUAUUUGUAUUCAAUAUUUUUAAUUAAAACAAGAUUGAAAUAUAAUAAAAAUAUAAAGUCUUGUAUUA